AUGAGGACGCUGCAGCUGUUUGCGACAGUGCUGUCAAUUGGUUACUGCUCGCUGCGCGACCUGCCAGAAAAAUGCCGGAACCCCAUCGCACCUGGCUUUACCGAUACCUUCCACGCACGAGCCCGUUUGAUGUAUGCGUACGACGCCGCUGCGAAAAAGUGUGUCGAGUUCUUCUACAACGGCAAAGGAGGAAACUCCAACAGAUUCUCUUUCAAGGAGCAAUGCGUGGCAACAUGCCUUAAAGGAAUUUCAGAAAAAAAGGAUAGAACCUUUCCAUUAACCUCAGGAGCUGGCGAGGAUGUAGUCUCUACAACAGCUUCAGAAGAUUCUACUACUGAGCCUGUUGUAGAUCAAUGA